GGACUGCAGAUGGGGUCCUAGAGGCCAAGAUGGGGCAGAUGGUGGGAGGCAGAUGUUCGUGCUCCAGAUGGUGGGAGAAAGGCGGGGGGAAACCACCGCAGUGGGCUGACAAGUCACAUCUAGAGAGAGACUGCUGCUCAUACUGAUUCCCAUCCAGAGAGACUCACAGGCAGACUCACCCGAAGGCAGGGACAGGGAAAAGUCAGCCCCACAGGCUUGCUGCACCCCAGUCAGGCUAACAGAGCCCCGGCUCAUUCACCUGGAAGCACGCUGCAUUUAAAGAACUUCCCCUCCCCCUGCACACGAUCUAGAGAAUGUCCACCCACUGUUUCAGAUGCCCAUGGCGUCCCCCCAAACCCUGCUCUUCUGCCUGCUGUUCCUGGUGGUCACUGAAGGCCGGGGUCAGCAGGCGGCCAUCCCGGGCUGCCACCUGCACCCCUUCAAUGUGACGGUGCGCAGCGACCGCCAAGGCACCUGCCAGGGCUCCCAUGUGGCACAGGCUUGCGUGGGCCACUGCGAGUCCAGCGCCUUCCCUUCCCGGUACUCAGUGCUGGUGGCCAGUGGCUACCGACACAACGUCACCUCCAUCUCUCAAUGCUGCACCAUCACUGGCCUGAGGAAGGUGAAGGUGCAGCUGCAGUGUGGGGGGGGCCGGAGGGAGGAGCUGGAGAUCUUCACGGCCAGAGCCUGCCAGUGUGACAUGUGUCGCCUCUCACGCUACUAG